AUAGGAGUCUUGGUUCGAGAAUACAGCAAACUCUCUAAUCUGGAGAAGUUCUACUUUGCCUUUCCUGGAGAAAUCCUAAUGAGGAUGCUGAAACUCAUCAUUUUGCCACUAAUUGUAUCCAGCAUGAUCACAGAAUUAUUAUUUUUCAUUGUCUUGCCAUUAGGACAAGAAAGUCUGAGCACACCCAACUGCAUUUUUCCCAAAGAAAGAGAAAAAGAUGAUCAUGGUUAUUCCAGGAUGUGACCGUUGCAGUAUUCCACCAUAUGUAUAUGUAUAGUAAUUGCACAACCUUGUCCCAGAUGUUGGAGAAUGGGCCCUUAACAACAUUCUGGGGUGGCUGUUAAAGAAGUCAAGGCCCCUUCCCCCAAAAUGUUAACUUCCAAAGGAGCAAUCAACAGUCAGAGGAAUGAUGUGUUUAGAGUGAGAGGUGAUAGCUUCCUUAGAGAUUUUUCCUAUAUCAAAUAUGUUCAAUUAUAUGUGAGGAGCAUAAUCCUCCAGUCACAUAAAAAAAUAGACAGGCCUUUUAUAGUGUGAGGAGUGAAUAUAAAAGCUACCUGUGUGUACUGAUAGCCUACAUGUUUACUACCUUUUCUCUGGGGUUGCUUCAUGACAACCUCUUCAUUUUCCUGCUGCCCUGUACUUCAGGUUUUGCAAACAGUAUGACACAACUCACGUAUGUUGCAAGCUCAAGAAAUCAUUUUCUUGGUGAUCAAAAUGUGAUUCUCUUUUUGGAAAUCAGGGAGGUAGUCUGAAACCUCCAAAUAACAACUUGCUGAAAGAUGGUUUGGUUGUUUCUCAUGUAUCCCACAUGGGAGAGGUCUGGUUAGAGAGCUGCGUCAUUGACUCCAUUUAUAUGAGCAUCCUUGAUGGAGGGCAAGGCCUUCUGGUGAGGAAAGGUGUAUGCCUUCCACCUCUGCAGCCACCCUUGGCACUCUAGACAACCCGUGCAAAUCCAGGCGACAUUCAAGAAUUUUAUUGGCAGUCAAAGUUCAUUUGAAACUGCAUCUAACAAUGAGGCCAUAUAUCUUCCUAUGCUUUCAGAAAUUUUUAUUUAUAUCCUGCCUCCAUAAAAAUGGAAUCUUUGUUAGCCCUGGCAGAUAUGGCUCAGUUGGUUGAACAUUGACCCCUGCAGAGAGAGGUUGCCAAUUUGAUUCCUGGUCAGGGCACAUGCCCAGGUUAUGGGCUCAAUCCCCAAUAGGGGGUAUGCAAGAGGCAGCCCAUCCAUGUUUCUCUCAUCGGUGUUUUUCUCUCUCUCCCUUUCCCUUCAUCUCUCUCUCUCUGAAAAAUCAAUAAAAACAAUUUAAAAAUAAAAUAAAAUGUGAAUUUUUAGGUGUGUCACAAUCAAAGGCACACACAAUAAAAUUAACAUAGAAGCAAUUUGAAAAUCAAUAAAAGAAGAAAAAAUAUGCUAGCCAGAAUGGUUAGUGAAAUUACUGUGAUUUAUUACUGACUUUGGCCCUGAGACUACUUAAAGAUCUAGCAGUGAGUGGAUGAUUAAAUACCUAUGGUACAGCCCCAUGACAAAUUAUGUAGCCUUCUUCAGGGUGAAUUUAUAAUAAUAAGGAAAAAUGUUUAUAAUACAGUAUUAGGAAGAGAGAGGAUUAAAAACUAUAAAAUUAUCUCAGCUAUGUUUACAAAAAAUUGAGGAAAACAUAUUGGAAGAUAAAUCACCAGAAUUUUGACUAUGGCUGAUGAGCUGAAGUCAUUUUUGUUUUCUUUAUAUUUUUCUCUUUUUUAAUCAGAUAAUUAUCAUGAACACAUAUGUAAAAGUUAUCUUUUAGUUGACUCUGAGCUUCCUAACAAAAGGACGAAGGGGUUAUUUGAUUUUCAUUACAUGAGGAAAGAAUUAUCUCAGUUCUUUAAAAUUAACUCUUCCUUGAUACUGAAUUCCAAAAGGAUGUUGAGUGACAUAGUACACAAAUCUUGAUAACGGUCUUCUUUUUCAUAUAUUUAAAUUUUUUAUUUUCUUUUUUCCAUCAUCAUGUAUCCCCUUUUUGUCCUCUCCCACCUUUCCCCCACCCACACGGCAAGCAAAUGCAGAAGGAGGACUCCUUCUGACUGUGUCUCAUGACCACACCCCAAGAGGAGCCCAAGGCAGGGCGCCCUGCUCACAAUGGGCAGCGGCAAUGAGGGCUUGCCAAGAAGGGGAACUUAGCUCUCAGUGUCGCUGCAUUGGAUUCCAACGUAUCUGGAAAAAUUGGGCUGCGUGCUGUUGCAUAUUAUUUCUGUACCACUCUCAUUGCUGUCAUUCUAGGAAUAUGUUCCCUGAGAACCUUGUCCAAGCCUGUUUUCAGCAGUAUAAAACCACGCGGAAAGAAGUGAGUCCUCCCAGUGAGCCAGGGAUGAAUAUGACGGGAGCAUCUGUCACAGCCGUCAUGACAACUGCUGUUGCCAAGAAUGAAACAAAGGAAUACAAAGUUGUAGGCAUGUAUUCAGAAGGCAUCAAUGUCCUCGGCUUGAUUGUCUUUUGCCUUGUCUUUGGACUUGUCAUUGGAAAAAUGGGCGAAAAGGGACAGAUUCUGGUGGAUUUCUUCAAUGCUCUGACCGAUGCAACCAUGAAAAUCAUUCAGAUCAUUAUGUGUUACAUGCCAAUCGGCAUUUUAUUCCUGAUUGCCGGAAAGAUCAUAGAAGUUGAAGACUGGGACAUAUUCCGCAAGCUGGGCCUUUACAUGGCCACCGUCCUGACUGGGCUUGCCAUCCACUCCAUUGUAAUUCUUCCACUGAUAUAUUUCAUUGUGGUCAGAAAGAACCCUUUCCGGUUUGCCAUGGGGAUGGCCCAGGCUCUCCUGACAGCUCUCAUGAUCUCUUCCAGUUCAGCAACCCUGCCUGUCACUUUCCGCUGUGCUGAAGAAAAGAACCACGUGGACAAAAGGAUCACUAGAUUUGUGUUACCUGUUGGUGCUACAAUCAACAUGGACGGGACUGCACUCUACGAAGCAGUAGCAGCUGUGUUCAUUGCACAGUUGAAUGACAUGGACUUGAGCAUUGGGCAGAUCGUCACUAUCAGUGUCACAGCCACAGCUGCCAGCAUCGGAGCUGCGGGUGUACCCCAGGCUGGCCUGGUGACCAUGGUGAUCGUGCUGAGUGCUGUGGGCCUGCCCACUGAGGAUGUCACCCUGAUCAUCGCUGUCGACUGGUUCCUGGACCGGUUCAGGACCAUGGUGAACGUCCUUGGGGACGCCUUUGGGACGGGCAUCGUGGAGAAGCUCUCUAAGAAGGAGCUGGAGCAGAUGAGUGUUGCAUCUGACGUCAACUUCUCGAACCCCUUUGCUGUGGAAACCACAGCACUCGAUAAUGAAGACUCAGACGCCAAGAAGUCGUAUGUCAACGGAGGCUUUGCCGUCGACAGAUCUGACGCCAUCUCGUUCACCCAGACCUCACAGUUCUAGAGCCCUGGCUUCAGGCGACUGGGAAUGAUGAAGGACAUCUCUUAGCGAAUUCAAACAUUAAGGAAAAGAAGAACACUAAUGGCCAAUUGUACAUUUGACCUGAUACACAGACCUCCAAAUUACUUUCUAUAUUUGGAUUCAGAACUUUUGCUCUCUAUGUUCUGGGACUUGGGGGUGGGGUAAGAGAAAAGGAAAUUGAUGAAAAAGCAAGCUAUAUUAUCUGGAGUUUUAAAAUUCUACAAGAGACGAAGUUUAGAAGUAUAUAACAUAGCAGCUGUUGGAAUUAGGUAACAGAUGUGAAAGCGCAAUUGCUUUCUCACGCACACACCAGUGUUUGGGGUUUUUAAAAAACGAUUCUGUCAGUGACUACAACUUUUUUACUCAGGCUUUCUAUGGCAUGGAUUUCCUUUGACGUCUCACAUUUUUUAUAGAUUUUAAUGCAUCCAAACCAUCCCUCUUCUCUAGUUAAUGUGCCAAAUUGUCCAUUUUGAACUCAUCUCCAGCCAAUUUCAAAGAAACUUCUUUGAAAGAAAACAGAUCAGCACAGUUCUGCAAUAACAGUUUUAAGAUGAAUGUCAGGUUUGGGGGGAAGGGAAAUCCUUUUUUCAAUGUACUGUAUUGGGACACUGGUAACUAUUAACCUAACCCAGUGUUCAGUGUAGAACUAUACACACACACACACACACACACACACACACACACACACACACACACACACAUAUAUAUAUAUAUAUACUAGUGGCCCAGUGCAUGAAUUCGUGCACCUUGAAAGGAACUGUGGGCCACAAGGCUGCGGUGGCCACAAGGGCAGGUCUUGGCCCAUCCUUCAUGGCUCCGCCUAACCCCUCCCACCGUGGCCCCCAGUCCUCUUUCCGCACGCAGCUCCACUCCUGCCACUGCCGCUCCUAUGCACUGACCGUGCUGGCCCUGCUUGCACACACUGACAGCACGGAGUGAUUGGGGCUGGUGCCAGGAGCAGGUGCAAACGGCAGCUGCUGCCCAGAUCACCCCUCAGGAGCAGAGAGAGAAGCCCUCAAGGGCAAUUAGGGCCAGCAGCUGCCACUCGCACCCACUGAUGGCGCCGGUCCCUCGGCACCUGCUGCUGGUGCCAGCCCCAAUUGCUGCAUGCCGUCAGUGGGUGUGAGCAGGGCCAUCACCAGCAGUGGGUGAGAGUGCCAGGCAGGACUGCAGCGCACAGGAGCAAAGAAUUUUCAAUAACCACCAGAGGCUCGCCCUGAUGAUAGCAACCAGCGCCCCGCCUUGGUCUGGUGCCCCUGCUCACCUGCUCCACCAUCCUGCUGUGGCCGACACCCACCAUGUUCUGCGCACGCCCCCUGGUGGUCAGCGCACGUCAUAGCGAACAGUUCAGUUGUCCGCCGUUUCGUCUAUUUGCAUAUUAGGGUUUUAUAUAUAUAUAUAGAUAUGUAUAUAUUAUUUUCAUAUAAUUUGCCAGACAGAGAUCAGAGUGGAACAGUCAAUGUGAAAUAAAGAGCUCUCCUAAUACUUGAAUAUGAACUAUGAUUCUAAUCCAGACCUACUCUGGGGCUUAUCAGAACUCCUCUCUCAGGAGCACUAGACUGAGAAAUCAUGUUGUUCGAUCAUUUCUGCCCCAAAGCAGAGAUGUGUUAUGGUGAUAUUCUGAUGUGGCAUAGACAUUCGUUACACCUUCUAAAUUCUGCUGGGAGGGAAUCAUAUCAGCUCUGUGUGAGAUUAUGUUCGAAGAUGUCACUCACAUAAGGCUGGAUGUGUCUUUAUCCAACUGUAAGGCUUCGUUCUUCCAAGGUUAGUAAUACCCACUUAAAAAUGAUAGUACUUUGCCCUUUUGUACCCAUCAGGGCCCAAGCAACAGUGGCAAGCUACCAGAUAACUUGUAUUUCAAUACGAAUUUGAUAGGUUGAACAAGCCACAUUGCCCAGAAAAGAACUAUCCCUGACCUGGAUUCUUGCAGAGUAACUCCCACAACCUGAGACCUUGGGAUCAGUGGUUCAGGAAAAUCCUUCACUCGUGUGGCACUUGUCUCUUCCUCCAGAGAGGAUUGUUCUAACCGACUAGCAGUCUAGUGAUCUUGGCCCUGCUUGUUAAAAUCCAUCAUUUGCCAUUCUCCUGCUAAUUUAUGAAGAUAUCUUAUUAAAGUCUGUGCUUCAGCUCACAUCUUGUAAAUAAUGCUUAACAUGACUUUUGUAUUUACACUGAGAUCCAAAAUACUUGUGCUUCUGCAGUACUGAGUAGCCACUUUAAGCCUGUGCUUUCCUAUUUACCUAGUAAGAAACCAGAAUUGUGCCAAAGAGCAUGGAGAUGUGAAUACAUGCUCAGUGUGGACCACCUGCACCUGAAGUCUACAGGAGCAUGAUACUGAAUUGUCCAGUAAACAUCAUAGGUAUGAACCAGUAAUUCAAUGUGAGUUUUUAAAUGCAAAGAAUGGUAUUGUUUAUAGAAAGUCAAUCUAAAUAUAAUGCAGUUGAGUUGGUAUUUAUCUUGGGUUGAAUGGUUCUACCCCCUUGGCAGGUUUCUCUGAUUUGAGGCACCAGAGUUGCAGAGCUGUUCAUGAACUGCGGGCCAUCCUUAUUUUGGAGUCCGUUUGUAACUGACCUCUUAACACACUGUGCUGUUAAUUCAUCAAAGAGAACAAUGUUCCAUUUCAGUCUCAAUAAACAUUCCCAUCAUUCUUUC